AUGGCAGCUGAUAAUGGGAAGCGGGCCGCUAUUUGCAGAAAUGAAAAUCAAGUAAGUUCAGAAGGUUUUGAAAUAUUUGAUGUUUUAGAAUCAACAUUUGAGACAGAUACGGAUAGAAAUGGACGGAAAUGGGCAGAAUUUCACCAUUGGUCGCACAGAUUCAAACCCGGGUCCAUUGGUACAACAGUCAGUGUCACUCACCUAUGGAAUGGAAUUGGAGACCAUCAGAAAAGUCAAAAGAAUUGUAGGUCACCCGCCCCAAAGCAUCAUACUAGACAUGGCCAGAAACAUUCUGUCUCAAUGAGUUCUUCCUACUUGCAAGGUAUCAAAGAAUCGGAGAGAGAUUUUCAGCUUGUCAUUGAGUAUGUCAUGAGGGAUAUGUGGAAGUGUACUGGUGCUUUACAGAAACUUCUAUAUCUGUACAACUUCGACGUAUUGGUUCAGGAUCCUAAUAUGAUGUUGGAACGACCUUUUGGUUAUGGCUUAGUGACUGUAGUCGUUCCACCCCUCAGAAGAGGUGAUAACAGUCUAUUGUUAUGGAAUAUGAAAAAUUUCUCAACUCCUGUUCAUACUUUCUUUGGACAUUCAGAUGUAGUAGUAGAAUUUGGCUGGAGAAAACCUACAGAAGAUUCAAGAGAAUAUCAAUUAGUUACUUUUGCAAAAGAUCAUUUCUUGAGGACAUGGGUAGUGGAUGCAUAUUUGCAGAAGGCUUGUGGUCACUUAUAUCCAGAUGAUGAUAAUGUGAUAGAUCCUUUGUUAGAUUCUCAAGAUACUGCUAGCCAAGCUUCCGUUACAAGUGCUAGGGAAACAGAACCUGGUAUUCCAAGUUCACCUCCUGCUACACCUGCUAAACUUAAAGAUAGAAAUGGGAAUGUAACCUCAGUUACUACUACACUAGCUCAGCCUCAAAACUUGGAGCAAGAAUUUUCACUUGUUAAUUUAAAUAUACCCAAUAUGACUAUAGAUGAAAUGGAUGCAUAUAAGCGAUCAUGUACAGUAACAGUCAUUAGUGGAAAAUAUAUUGUCUCAUUGAAACUAACAUUUCCAACAACAUAUCCAUACAAUAAUCCCCCAUCCUUCCAGUUUUGCAAAGGUACAAACAUAGAUGAUGAAAUGAGAAAUAAGGUCUUAAAGGUUUUAAAAGUGGUUUCUCAACAACAAGUUAAAAGGAAUCGUUCAUGUUUAGAGCCAUGUGUACGACAAGUAGUUAGUUUCUUAGAUACAUUAGCAGCUGAAGAUAAAGGGGAACCUUCAAUGCCAGAAAGUCCUUUUCAUAUUGAAGCUGCAAAAUCAAGCUUUAAUCCUACCUCUCCCUAUGGAUUUCAAGAUGUUAGUGUUCCGUUUCCGAGAACUUCUGGUGCUAGGUUUUGUGGUGCUGACUUAUUGGUUGUUUUUACAAGACCAUCACACUUACAUAGAAUUAAUGCUCCCACUGAUGAUACUCCACGCUCAUUAUCAGCAUUAUCUGCUUAUUUGGCAUCUCAUGUUGUCCUUCCAUUGAAAGGCAGAACUGCAUCAUCAUCACCUGCUCAGUAUAGCCUUGUGUAUCCACCUCUAGCCCAAAGUCCCAGUGGUGAAACAUCUGUUUCCAUUUCAUCAUUUUAUCAUCAGGAUAGAAAGCAGAGAAAACGUAGAAGUUUACAAGAUAGAAGGUCUUCUGGAGCAAAACAAUUGAGUAACUCUGGUGCUGUUUUGAUAUAUAAUAUUUCCAAAUUAAUGCCCAUCAACCCAAUUUUGGCACAAAACUAUGUGUUUGGUUCUGAGGAUAUUGCUGCUACCUGUGCAAAGAAUGCUGCAGUAGCAGCAAAAGAAGGCUGCAAAGAUCUAGUCCAGGUUUGGUCAUUAGCUGGUCAUAUAUCUAAUGCUGCAUCAGUACCGAUCACAGAUCCUGAUAGUAUGCCAUUUGCAACUCAUCCAUUUGGACAAAAGAUGCUUCAGUCUUUAAUAUUUCAUUAUGGCAAUCAUUAUGAUGUUCAAACAGCAGCUAUGCUGGCAUGCAUUUUUCAUGUAAAAUCAAAUGAAAACAAACCAAGAAAGGUUGCUGACACAAAUUCAGGAGGCAAUAUUAGUCAAAUAUCUGGGAAGUGGUGGCUGAAGCCUGGUGGUUCACCUUAUCAUACAGUGGUACCAGCAGAUAAUACUUUUGAAGUCUGGAAUAUUGUUGGGGCAGCAUUGAAAAGGAAUCGAUCUAAUAGUUGGUCCGAUUCCGUGGAAGAAUACAGUUUUUUUGAUGAUCAUACUACCAGAAACGGAAGAAGUGAUUUUCGUGAUGAGGAGAGAGAAGCACUUUCAGCUAGUUCUAAGCUUCUUGAUCCUGCCUAUUCUACUCAAUUUGAUCAAUACAAGACAAUUUAUGCUGAUGUCUUAUAUAGAUGGAAUUUACUUGAACAAAGAGCUCAAGUAUUAAAAACUGUUUCAACUUCUGCAGAAAAGCACAAAGGAAUUGAAUUUGUAACGGAAUGUCAGCACUGUAAAAAAGAUGUAACAGGAGCUCAAUGCCAGUCAUGCAAAAAGUAUAGUUUUCGCUGCAUUAUCUGCGGUGUGUCUGUAAAAGGUUGUUCCAGUUUCUGCAUGGCUUGUGGUCAUGGUGGUCAUACAAAACACUUGGAAGAAUGGUUCAGAGAUAUGGAUGUUUGCCCAUCUGGAUGCGGAUGCAAAUGUUUGGAAGCUAAUGAUAUUUUUGGAACAUGACAUUUUUUUAGCUUUCUGUUUUUGUUUGUUUUAGAAAAGUGCUCAUUAAUAAGAAACUCAAGUGCCAAAAUUUUCUAAUUCCUCAUUUUGAAUCUCAUAAAUGCCUGUAUUUUUCUUUUGUGGUAUUACCAGUGAACAUUCACUUGAUGAAGCGUAGUUACAGCAUGUAGGUCUACAUUGAAUUCAAAAAAAAUUUUCAUAACAUGCCCCCAUGUUGAUUCUGAGACUUGUUUGAGGACUGUAAAAAAUAUUUCUGGCUAUGAUAUCUCUAAUACCAUUGACCAAAAAACUCCCUAAGUCAUGGAAUCAUAAAGUUAUGUUCCAUAAAAUCUCACGUAGCUUUUAGGGAUAUAAAUAAGCAGACUUGCUGAGCCACUGCAGAGUAUGAAACUCGGAUAAGUAUAGAGUAUGAAAAUGUUUCUUGUGGCUGGAUGGGGCAAUGCAUAUCCUCCUUAAGCACAUCAUACCAUGCAGGAUGCAUUACAACUAUAUAUGAUAUAGUUGAUCUGCUAGAAAGAUCUUAUUAUUGGUAAUAUUAUUUCCUUAAUAUGUUCCUGGAGAAAGCUCCCUAUAUAAUAAGCAUAUAGCUACUGCUACUUUAAGAUGACCUGUUAAAUUGUUCUGUGAUUUUCUGUUGUCUUCACUCUAUCUCAAUUUUGCCAUCAAAGCUAAGUUGAAAUUUAUCUACCGAGACAAUAGAUACCUAUUUGAUGAAAAUGUAAACAGAAAAGGCAGACUGUCAACCACGAGUAACCAACAGUGGCUGAUUAUACAGAACUUGAGGUUUUGUAGCUAUAGAAUGGAGUGCAUUGUCAUCAUACCAGAUAUGAUUUAUGCAACUGCUGCUGUGUUUGUAGUCUGUACAAUCCUUAACAAACUGUGUUGACUCUAGUCAUCAGUGACCUAUUUUUCAAUGAUGAUAUGCUAUUUUAGUAAACUGCCAAUAAAUCCUUAAUAUAAUUGCUUUUAAGAACCUUAUGUUUGCAAACCAUUUGGCUGACAAAUAGCCUAUCUGUUAUGUAUUGAAUCUGCAACCAUCAUCAAAAUCACAUUUUUUUCCCAUUGUCACUUUUUUUUUUUUUUUUUUUUUUUUUACAUUGUUGUAUACUGCAUAAAUUUGUCUGUGUGUAAUAUUAAUGAAGGUGGAUAUGCUUGAUAGAGGGAGACUAGCAUUCAGUUCCCAUUGCAGCCACACUUUAAUAAUUUGUUUAGUGAGUAUAUUAUCAGUAAAUAAACAGUAAUUUAUUUAAAAUACUUAAUUUCAGUGAAAUAAUGAAAAUUAGAAUGUUGAAAUAAAAUUUUAAUCUGUAAUAGCAAAUCUAAAGUUUUAAUUUCUGUUUCACGAUUUUUUAUUCCUAUUGAAUAGAAAUGUAUUUAUUAAAACCAACUAUUGCAAAUGAUCUCUUUCAUAUGUGCUAUAUUUCUUAUUUAUAAAUAUUUGUAACCAUUGUACAAACAGAAUGAAGUGCCUAAGAGCUCAAUUUAUUUUCAUAUUUAAUUACUGAGCUUAUGUUUAUGUAAAGUGACAUAAGUAAGAUAAGUAUAUAUGUUUUGUAAAAUAUUUUUGUAAAUUAUUCAAGAAUUAAAAAAAAAGUUUGAUUUUUUGUUA